AUGGAUAGAUUUGGUAGAAGCUCUAGAGCUAACAAUGAGCUCUGGAGGUAUAACCAAGUAGGAAGAGAAGGGGUAGACCCUCUUUAUGGUGGCUUCUUAGGAGGUCUCUCAUGGCCUCCAAGGUCAUACACCUGUAGCUUUUGCAAGAGAGAAUUUAGAUCAGCUCAAGCCCUUGGAGGCCACAUGAAUGUGCACAGAAGAGAUAGGGCUAGGUUGAGGCAAUCUCCACCAUGGGAUACCUCAAUUCCUAACCCUAACCCUAACCCUAGUCCUAACCUUCACCUUCAUGAUGGCAGUAAACCUAACAUUCCAAACCUCAACCUUGCACCACCUCCUAAUUCCACCACCAACAUUGAUGCCAAGUUCUGCCCAGCAACCUACACGUUUUCGUCCUUGCUCUCUCCGCUCUCGUUCCCGCGGGUGUCUUCUUCGGAACCUCGGUGCUCGAAUCGCGACGAGCUGAGUCCCGUCGAAGUGGCGAAGGAAUUAUUCGGAGCAGGACGGUCGAAAGAUCUCAUGGUUGAGAAAAAUGGUGGUGCAAAGGAAGAGGUUGUGGGAUUGGACAUGGAGGUCACAAUGUGCAACGAUUUGGAGGACGAUGUGGAUUUAGAGCUUAGACUUGGGUACACAUAA